CAUGUGUGGUCCAGUUGAACUCUCCUUGACCAUUCGAUGGACCACAAACAGACCAGCAGCUACUGUGACCGCACUACUUCACCUUGACUCUUCACCCCUUUACCUUUGAACCCUCACCCCUGACCCAUACUCUUGACCUCUAACCCCUCACUCCAAACCCUUAACCUUACUCCUCUCCUCUCCUCUCUUUUCCUCUCCUCUCCUCUCCACUCCACUCCACUCCACUCCACUCCACUCCACUCCACUCCACUCCACUCCACUCCACUCCACUCCACUAUGUUAUCCCGCAUCUCUACAGUCCUCCUAGCUGUGUUGUGUCGGUGUGUGCUAGUGUCUCUGGGGGUGGACCCCCCUCACCCCCGUCGAGAGAUCCGGAUCGAGGGAGACCUGGUCUUGGGGGGGCUGUUCCCAGUCCAUGAGAAGGGGGGAGGGAUAGAGGAGUGUGGGAGGGUGAACGAGGACAGAGGGAUCCAGAGGUUGGAGGCCAUGCUGUUUGCUAUAGACAGGAUCAACUCUGAUCCUACUCUAUUGCCUGGAGUCAGUCUGGGAGUUCACAUACUGGACACCUGUUCUAGAGAUACAUACGCACUGGAACAGGCGCUGGAGUUUGUGCGUGCAUCUCUGACCAAGGUGGACGAUACGGAGUUUAUCUGUCCUGAUGGAUCCUACGCUCUACAGGAAGACAUUCCCCUGGCCAUUGCUGGAGUUAUAGGAGGAUCCUAUAGCAGUGUGUCCAUACAGGUGGCCAACCUGCUGCGCCUCUUUCAGAUCCCUCAGAUCAGCUAUGCCUCCACUAGCGCCAAGCUCAGUGACAAGACACGCUAUGACUACUUUGCCCGCACGGUGCCCCCUGACUUCUACCAGGCCAAGGCCAUGGCAGAGAUCCUGCGGCUGUUCAACUGGACCUACGUGUCCACGGUGGCAUCAGAGGGAGACUACGGAGAGACGGGCAUUGAGGCCUUUGAACAGGAAGCCCGUAUGAGGAACAUCUGCAUCGCUACCUCUGAGAAGGUGGGCCGCUCUAACGCUAAGAAGUCCUAUGAGGCAGUGAUCAGGCAGCUCCUCCAGAAGCCCAACGCCCGCGUAGCUGUCCUCUUCCUGCGCAGCGAUGACGCUCGGGAACUCCUCUCUGCCGCCGCACGACUCAACACCACCUUCAUCUGGGUGGCCAGUGACGGCUGGGGGGCACAGGAGAGCAUUGUCAAGGGCAAUGAGGCCACAGCCAACGGGGCCAUCACCCUGGAGCUGGCAGCCAAUCCUGUGCCGGCGUUCAACCGCUACUUCCUGUCUCUGGAUCCAAUCAACAACCACCGCAACCCCUGGUAUCGAGAAUUCUGGGAGCAGAAGUUCCAGUGCUCGCUUGGAGGAGGGGGUGGAGGAGUAGGAGCUGGGGCAGGAGCAGUAGGGUCAGGGGGAUCUGUGUCUCUCUCUCUCCCUCCCUGUGAGAAGGGUGUGUUGGUGGAUGAUAGUAACUUUGAGCCGGAGUCCAAGAUCAUGUUUGUGGUGAAUGCGGUAUACGCUGUGGCCCACGCCCUCGAUAAGAUGCAGAGAACACUGUGUUCCAACACCAGCAAGCUCUGUGACAGCAUGAAGGCUCUGGAUGGACGCAAGCUCUACAGAGACUACCUUCUCAACAUCAGCUUCACAGCUCCCUUCUCUCCUCCCGGUAUUGAGACCGUGGUGAAGUUUGAUGCCUAUGGCGACGGAAUGGGACGCUACAAUAUCUUCAGUUACCAGCACAACGCUGAUCGCUACGGAUAUGUGCCCAUCGGUGAGUGGGCGGAGACUCUGAGCCUGAGCAGUGACCUGAUUCGCUGGCCAAGGGAGGUGGUGCCCCCAUCCCAGUGCAGCGACCCGUGUGCCCGCAACGAGAUGAAAAAGAUGCAGGCUGGAGAGUACUGUUGUUGGAUCUGUACAGCGUGUGAGGCUCAUGAAUACCUAGCUGAUGAGUUCACCUGUUCGCCCUGCGCCCCUGGCCAGUGGCCCAGUGAAGACCUCACUUCCUGUUACGACCUGCCUGAGGACUACAUCAUGUGGGAGGACGCCUGGGCUAUCGGACCAAUCAGCAUCGCUGUUGUUGGGUUCCUGUGUACAUCUCUGGUGUUCUGGGUGUUUGUGAGACACAACAGCACGCCCCUGGUGAAGGCGUCAGGCAGAGAGUUGUGUUACAUUCUCCUGCUGGGUGUCUUCAUGUCCUACUCCCUCACCUUCCUCUUCCUGGCCAAGCCCUCACCUGCUAUCUGCGCCAUGCGACGCCUCGGCCUCAGCACCUCAUUUGCUGUCUGCUACUCUGCCCUGCUCACCAAGACCAAUCGGAUCGCCCGGAUCUUCAGCGGGGUGAAGGACGGGGGCGGGACCACGAAGCCGCGCUUCAUAAGCCCCACGUCCCAGGUGUUUAUCUGUCUCAGUCUGAUAUCGGUCCAGUUAGUGAUGGUGUCUGUGUGGUUGCUGCUGGAGGUUCCUGGUACCAGGAGGUUUACGUUACCGGAGCGACGGCAGACAGUGAUCCUGAAGUGUAACGUCCGUGACUCCAGCAUGCUGCUUUCGCUAGGAUACGACGUGCUCCUGGUCAUCCUGUGUACUGUGUACGCCUUCAAGACCAGGAAGUGUCCAGAGAACUUCAACGAGGCUAAGUUCAUAGGUUUCACCAUGUACACAACCUGUAUCAUCUGGCUAGCCUUCCUGCCCAUAUUCUACGUCACAUCCAGUGACUACAGGGUCCAGACCACCACCAUGUGUAUCUCUGUCAGUCUCAGUGGCUUUGUGGUGCUGGGCUGUAUGUUCGCUCCCAAGGUCCACAUCAUCAUGUUCCAACCACAGAAGAACGUCACCAGUCUCCGCCUGAAUAUCAACCGCUUCAGUGUCAGUGGUCCUGCCACCACAUACGCUUCACACGCAUCAGUGAGUGCCCAGUACGUACCGACAGUGUGUAAUGGGAGAGAGAUCGUCGACUCCACCACUUCCUCUCUGUGACCACACCCACUCACCUCUCUAACCCUGCCCCCCAGAGACUGUUAGCCAAUAGGCACACAUUGUGCCCCCCUGCCCCCUCCUCCCACGACGUGGACUAGCACAGUUCUGUUUCACGGCUGUAGAAAGGGUUUAAUACUACUUUGUUUUCUAGUGCUGUACAUAUAAUGGAAUCAAAAUUGUUGUAGAGGAACAAAAGAACCAAAACAACUUUGUAGGAGGAUUUUUUGAGUCUUUGUUUCGAAAAGCUUUGUUAAGACGUGUGUACAUAUAUAACUGUGCACUGGGUUGUGAUAGGAGUGUGUAUGUGUUAAGGUUGUGAUAGGAGUGUGUGUGUGUGUGCUAAGAUUGUGUUAGGAGUGUAUGUAUGUGUGUGUGUGUUAGGGUUGUGAUAGGAGUGUGUGUAUGUGUGUGUGUUAGGGUUGUGAUAGGAGUGUGUGUAUGUGUGUGUGUUAGGGUUGUGAUAGGAGUGUGUGUAUGUGUUAGGGUUGUGAUAGGAUUGUGUGUAUGUGUGUGUGUGUGUGUGUGUGUAUGUGUGUUAGGGUUUUGAUAGGAGUGUGUGUGUGAGUUAGGUUUCUGAUAGGAGUAUGUGUGUGUGUUAGGGUUGUGAUAGGAGUGUGUGUGUGUUAGGAUUGUGAUAGAAGUGUGUGUGUGUGUGUGUGUGUGUGUGUGUGUGUGUGUGUGUGUGUGUGUGUGUGUGUGUGUGUGUGUGUGUGUUGGGAUUGUGAUAGGAGUAUGUGUGUGUGUUAGGUUUGUGAUAGGAGUGUGUGUGUUAGGAUUGUGAUAGGAGUGUGUGUAUGUAUUAGGGGUGUCUGAGACAGAUGUUCUGUAGGGGUAAUGGCUGAGACAGCCUCACCUGCAAUAGCCCGCAGACUUUGUACUAUUUUUUGUAGGUCUCAUUGUAAUAACCCAGUCAGUAUGCAUUUUCAUUCAUUUGUAUGUUGUAUGUUGUAUCUGUAUAUUUGUAUAUUACUGAUGGUUGGAACAGCACAAUGUUGACAGUAUUAUGUAACUCCAGUAGGAUUCCCACUACUGUGGACUGACAGUGGAUGAAGCUCCCUGAGUUGGGCUGACGAGCCCAUAGGAAUAGAAUGGCUGGAACGGACAUAGUAUCCACAUUUCAUACAAUUUGUUGAAUCACACAUUUGCUCUCAUUGUAGCAUAUUAGCCAAGUGGUUAGAGGGUUGGGCCAGUAACUGAAAGGUCGCUGGUUCAACAUCUUCAGUUACCAGCACAACGCUGAUCGCAACAGAUACGUGCCCAUUGGUGAGUGGCCGGAGACUCUGAGCCUGAGCAGUGACCUGAUUCGCUGGCCAAGGGAGGUGGUGCCCCCAUCCCAGUGCAGCGACCCGUGUGCCCACAACGAGAUGAAGAAGAUAAAGGCUGGUUAGGAACACACACACACAGGGCUUUAAGCAGAUCUAGUGACAGCACUAGUAGAAGCUCUGUUCGAGUCCCCGAGCAGAUAAGGCGAAUAAUCUGUCGAUGUGCCCUUGAACAAGGCUCUUAACCCUAAUGGCUCCUGUAAGUCGCUCUGGAUAAGAGUGUCUACUAAAAUGUAAAAGUUAAAAAUAUAGCAGUAUAGAAUAUUUAUUGAACUUUCAAAAUGAUGCACCCAAUAUGGCAGCCAGUCCAGUCAUUGUAUUGAACCUGAAUGUCCUUUCUACGCAUCCUAAUUCUAUGGAACAGCCACUGUAUAGGAGGGUCCAAUUACCUUGGUGGCCAUAGUAACAGACGUGUGUACAACAACGCAACAACAUUUCUCCUUAACCAGCAUUUUUGGCAUAAACUUUAGCAACGAUGUGACAACACAAGGUAGUUAAUUACAAGUGACUGUUCAAAGUCUUAACUGCCAUUAUUGUCAAUAUUAAAGAAACAUUGCAGAUGCUAUGUCACUUA